AUGGCGGCCCUAGCCUUCAAGGCCAUCAGCUACGGCGCAGAGCAGAUUCCCGACAGCUUCUUCCACAAGUUACCCGGCGGCUACUUUGCACCCCCAGACUCGAAAGAGGGCAAGAAGAGAGGCAAGCACCUGAACCGCAACGAACGAGACGCAAGACAACGGCACCGGAGCGAAGACCGAUCCAGUAAGCGCAGCUCCCGGCAAGAGCGCAGCCCGCCGACAGAGUACUCUGACUACACCGACGACACCGACUACGAGCGCGAACGCGAGCGCCGAAAGAGGGAGCGACGACGCGCAAAGAGCACGGGAACCACUGCUAGUAGGAGUCUGAGUCGCGGACGCCACGGACGACACAGCAGCGACCUGGACGGGCAGCACAGCGAUUCACGAGACAUGGCCUCACCUCAGCAGGGACAGCCUUACUUCCCUCCUCCGCCCACUUCCGAAUACAAGCCCUAUAAUCCGCAGGAAUAUGCACCGAGCCCCGUGCAGGACCGCCGCCCUUCUGUCACUCCAGCCUACGGAUACUCUCCUCAGCCACCACCUACAGAGCCGCGCAAUGUCUCAUUAGACUAUGGCCAGUACGAUGCGCCCCGAAGCUCUAGGUACGCUCCCGGCCCCGGCUACGCUCCCUCGCCCGCUGUGGAUGCGCCUAUCCCUCCUCCGCCAGUGGGAUCGAAUUCCCCUAUGAACCCUUACCACCACACCGAGUUCCCUGCGAGCGGCGCUGGCUACCAGCCAUCUCCCCCGCCCUUCAACCGUCAGCGCUCCAACUCUCAGCCUACUUUCGCGCCUGUGCCCAGCGCAGUCUACCCGACCUACGUGCCCCCAUCGGCUGAACAGUCAAUGGCCGCAUACACCGACACUCGCUCCUCCCGCCGUGAGAGUACCAAGCCUCGUCGCGAACAUCGCCACAGGGCUAGGUCCGAGCAGCUGCGGGUGCGUUGGGUGCCAGGCAGAUGGCGACACGCUCGAGAAGCGGAAGCGACCGCCAUUCCAAGUCCCGCUCUCGCUCCCGAUCACGAACGCGUGCGCAUGACCGCGAACGCAGCAAAGGCCCCAGCCUCCGUGCUAGAAGCCGCAGCGUGA